AUGGUUUGUGUUAGGAUUACGAGAGACGGAUGCACGCCCAGAUGCACCUGCUCAGAGCUGGAGAAACGGAAGCAACUCCAAGAGUGUGCGUCGUUUGAAGAAGAGUGGCGCCUUAACGACUACUACAACAUCAUGGUCUCUAGGCAUCCAGUGCUUUGCAACCUCUUUGACGAAAUACAUAUGCUUUAUGACGGUGAUAACGAGGACGAAAAGGAAAAUAGAGAUGCGACUGAAACUACUCUACGAUACAAGACGACUGAGGUUUUGAUAAUACGUGGUCCCUGGGUUCGGAACAGGUAUUUUCUGUUUAGGUUUUCCAAUAGCGACAAGUGGGGGCUGGAGAAAGUAGUGGAAAAGAAGAUCAUUGAAGCUGGUGGAUAUGAGAGGCUCAACUCUAUCCUGGCCAAAGAAGCGCCACCUUUGAAGUCCUAUGCUCCCAAGAUGGAUCGAAUAUAUGGAGAAGAGCCUGUCCGAACCCACCAAAUUGCUAAUCUUCGUAUUGCUAGUGUCCGAUCAGACCGCUUGCUAGGUAAGAACCCACCAGCUGUGCUUAUGACCGGGACGAACGAUAUAGUAAAUUACCCAUUUUGGGACAUCUGGGUGCAUAUGUAUGAAGAAUUGAAGAGGAGGGGUGAGCCUCCGACUGCAUGGCAGAUGCGUAGGCUGCUCAUCCAAACAAAUAUGCGAGUCAGAAGCACCUUGGAAGAAAUUCCUUAUGAAGACCAACCUUAUAAAAUCUAUCGAUUUUUUUCACAUUGCAAUUUUGAUGUCAAUAUGAAUAAAGAUGUAAGGCUCAACUUCUCGGGUAUCUACUCGUGUGGGUUGGGGAUUUAUUCCAAAGUUUGGAACGUCAUUCCGUGUGGAUCCAAGUUCGAAGACUCUGUAAAAGAGGUAGAAGAAGAAGUGGACACAGGUGCCGAUAUUGUCAAGGUUGCCAACACCCUCAUGGAUGACGAAGGCAUCACUGAGACAUUGGAACCACCUGUGAUGGAUGACGAACGUCUAACUAGACAUAGGCGUACGCCCACAAAGUCCGGUGAGAGUACUUAUGCAUCCAGAACCUUAUUCAAAAACUCAUCUAAUACACGCUCCUCGUUGACGUUUAGAAACGUCUCAAAUAUAUAA